AUGACCAAACAUGAGUUGUCACAAAGUCUUAUAAUUUUAUUCCUUGGCGUACAGGAAUGGAAUAAUCCUUACCUACGUUGGGAUCCUUUGAAUUAUGAAAACUUAGCACAGAUACUUGUGGAUCCAAGAGAAGUUUGGGUACCUGAUAUAGUACUAGAAAACAAUGCCGACCGUGGGGUCGUUCAAGCGGGGCACGUGGAAAAAUUCCGAAGUUGGGUGCGUGUGAACAGCGGUGGUCAGAACACGUGGCUAUCUCCAGCAACGUUCAAAAGCAAGUGUGCGCUUAGUUUCAAAAACUUUCCCUUUGACAAACAGAAGUGCAGCCUGGUUUUUCGUUCAGUAACUGCUGAUCGUACCCUUUUGAACAUCGACACUACACCCAUCAAGAACGAUGAUCCUGAGAAAGAGCUUAAUCUCUCGGCAUCUAAUGGUUAUUGGUCUCUAAGAAGCUUUGAGAUCAAGAUAGAGGAUAAAAAGCAAUCACCGAUUUUCAGCAAAGUUGAAGUAUCAUUUCGUAUUGGACGUAAACCCUUGUUCUUUGUCCUUUUCACCAUCGUUCCUUGCAUGAUCAUUGGGCUGCUGGUUCUUGUGAGUUUCUUCAUUCCCACGGAGAGCGGCGGAAGGAUCGGACUGUGCUCAACGAUUCUGCUGUCAGUCAGUGUGUACCUACUCGUCGUCGUAAAUAAGCUUCCGGAACAGUCCGACGAGUUGCCCAUUAUUGGUGUUUACUACAUUGUGAUCAUGUUUGAGAUCGGUCUGGCGCUGACUGUCACAGUUGUUGUCAUGAUGGCUCAUCACGCGACUUCUGAGCCACCCAGCAUCUUGACCUGGAUAACAGUGUUUAACAGGAUUUGUUGCUGCCUAAGACACAAUAGAAGAAAACUUCACAUUGGCCCUACUCUCGGUGCAUCUCCUGAAGUUGGGGAAAGAAACACAAACAUUGAAAUGGAGGAAACUGCUAAUGUUAAGCAAGAAAAGGUUGAUAAGCAGAUUUCAGCUGACACCCACGGGGAGGAAACACCACCCACCUCGGUUUCUAAAGAAGAAGUCGACAAGAAAACCUGGGGGGACAUCGCUCAAGCACUCGACCGUAUUUUCUUCUGGUUGUUUUUGGCGCUGGUUGUGUCUACUUCCAUUAUAAUCUACUCAUACGUAGGGAAGCUUUGAUCGCUCGGUCAACGUAAUUUCUAUCAGGCUUUAACUUUAAAUGCUGCUGAGUUUAGUCCACUCUAGUUAUUAUUUUUAUAUCAAUCACAUGUCUGAUUAGUUUAAGCAGUUUUUGUUUUUCGUUACCCUUAACGUUUCACAGAUGUAGAAUCUGAAAACCUCUGGUAAACCCUAUUGAUACAGGAACUGGUUAGAUGAUGCAAAAACCUUUUCUUUUAAUACAUAACAGCUCAGUGUGUCAAGUGACUGUAAUCGAUUAAGGUGUUGUAUCUUAUCCGUUUGUGCAGGGAUUAUAUACCCUUUUUGUACUUUUCUGUAUCCGUGUGCGAACUAAUAAAUCUGAGUCUUUUCUUCGAGAAACCCUUGCGAAGAUUUGCUCAUAAGGCUUGACUAA